CAAGUUGCUUUCUGUUCCCCGUGUCCGCCAUUCUUCCCCGAGGCCUUUCAUCCCUUACUGUACUGUACUUGCAGUGUGACUGUGCCACGUGUCGGUGAGCUAUCCUCUUAGUACCGAAUGCCACAAUUCGAUCGAAUAAAGGUAACUGUUUUUUGCGUGUUUCACGAACGCACACGCUCAUUGCCCCCUCGUUUUAGUCAAUGUCGCAUGACGGGCAGUAGAGACCAGCCCGACUGUCAGGGACGUUUCGCUUUCCCUAGUAACCCUAACAAGAGACCGAGCGGCUUAAUAACGUUACUUUAGUCAUGUGACUGUACAGGACAAGAGCGAAAGUGUCCAAGCCGGCAAUGCGGGGACAUGAGUGCGACCUUAUGAUUUAACAGGAACGGGCCACUCCGCCUGCGAAUGAGAAGUAUCACGUACCACUGUAGUACCAGCGCUUACGUUUGUAGAAGCCUGUUCCUGCUACUCUAAUAAACCGUUGUAUUUAUGUCUGUCAGCAUCUCUACUUAUCCUCCUCGACUCGGCUUAAGUGAUGGCCUAUUUAUAGAGGUUACUCAGUUACCCCACGGUCGGAAGUGCGCGUGUCUUCGCGAGGAGCGAUAGAGUCAUCGUAGUAACCCACGUGGCGAGCUCGUGCGAGCAAGAGAAGGAGUGACGAGCGAGCGGAAAGCCGGGAGUCAGCGGAAGCAGGGAGUAAGCGGAAGCGGGGAGUAAGCGGAAGCAGGGAGCAGGCGGAAGCAGGGAGCAGGCGGAAGCAGGGAGUAGGCGGAAGCAGGGAGAAGGCGGAAGCAGGGAGUAGGCGGAAGCAGGGAGUAAGCGGAAGCAGAGAGCAAGCGGAAAGCAGGGAGUCAGCAAAAAGCCGGGUUUUAAAAAAGAGAGAGCAAGUGGAAAAGGGGAGCAAGUGGAGUCGGGAAGAGUCACAGCGGAGUCGCAAAGCUUGAGGGGGAGCAGCUUUCUUUCUGACCGGAAAAAACGGGAAGAUGAAUUUUUCACAGGAUCGCUUCGAUGCGGAGGCGUACGCGGAGGAGCAGAUGGAGGAGAACGACGAAUGGGAGGUGCGGCGGCUGGCAGCAGAGCUGAUGGAGUUCAGGCGCGUGUCAGCAGAGGAGAUGCGGAGGAGCGUGUACGCCAACUACCCUGCCUUCAUACGCACGUCGAAGCAGAUCUCGGCGUUUCAGGUGCAGCUGAAGCGCAUGCGCGAGAUGCUCACCCUCAACACUGUCCUCAUCCACUCCCUCACCGCCAAGAGCGGCUCCCACAGCCGCGCCCUCGCCCUCUCCCUCUUUGGGGACGACACUUCGCACGCUGGGGGCCUUGCUGCGCAUACUGGGGGAUCUGAUUCUAGUGGGUCUCCCAACCACUCUCUGCACUCCUCCCCCCCGGAAACGCCCUAUGGGGAUGAGCAUGGGGCGAGUUUCAGGCAGUCCGGUAGGGUUUUGUCCGUGAACGGUACUGGUUGUGGGGCUCUAGUUACGGAUGGGGGCAAGGGUGGAGAGGGAGGAGGAGGAGGAGGAGGAGGAGGAGGAGGAGGAGGGGGAGAAGGUCAGGGAGUGAGGCUGAGGAGGCGCAAGACGAGGCUGAGGGAGGGGGAAGAGGAAGAGGAGGAAGAGGAGAUGGAGGCGGGGUGGGAUGAAGAGGAGCAAGAGCCUAGUGAGAUGGAGAGGUACGCAGAGGCGUUGCCUGAUGUACUGGAUGGGCUUAUAACGGAGCAGAAGAUAGACCAGGCGAUUGAGCUGCUGGAGCAGGGGCAGCAGAUGGCACAACUCUCGUUACAAGCACUUGAGCGCGGGAGAAGCAAAGAGGAGGGAGAGGGGGAGGGAGGAGGCAUUUUUGCAGAGGGAGACGAGGUGAAUGGGGAUGAGUGGGGGUAUGUGUAUGAGGGCAUGGGGAAGGGGAGCAGUGAGAAGGGUCCGAGGUUAGGGGCCUUGAAAGAGGGCUUGAGGGCGAGGAGUGUUGAGGAGAAGGGGGGGAAUGGGGCGUUGGGGAAUGGGGAUGUGGAGGGAAGCUCAGCGCAUGGGGGUAGCAGGCAGGGGCGGAGCAGGCAAGGAAGCCGACAGGGCAGCAGGUGGAAAGUAGGUGAGGGUGGGGUGGAGCAAAAAGGCGAGAGCGAUUUCAAGCCUAGGUAUAGAAGCUUUGUGAACGGUGCAAGAGAUUCAGCGGCAGCUGCUGCUGCUAGGGCAGUUGAGGCAGCGGAGGGAGGAGCAGAGGGAAGGACAGAUGGAGAUGCCUCUGAGAGGGAGGCAGCUGAAAGGGAGACAGCUGGAAGGGAUACAUCUGCAGCAGAAGGCUCGGGGCGUCACCAUGCAGUCAGUGCGAACCGGGUUCAGACCAACGGUCCACUUCCUACCAACAGCAACCCGAAAGCCCAACCAAACCAGGCUACAGAGGGUGGAAACCGUCUUCAGAACGCUGGCCAAGGGAGAGAGAAUUAUACGGAAAACAGUCACGAAGCAAAUGUCCCAGAAACAGGAGCCACGGCAUCCAUUCCAGACACCGAGCUUCUGAGUGAGUCAGCAGCGCUCACCCUGUCAGCAGCAAUAGCAGAGCGCCACGUGGUGCUGGUUGCUGAGCUGGAGCGGACAGCUAGGCACUCUGACGUGUUGGGGGAGGAGCUGCGGUUUGCGGUAACCGGGUUGAUGCGGCUGGGGGAGCUGGAGCUGGCGCACCAGCUGCUGCUGGGGGCGUAUGGGGAGCGGAUCAGGCGCAGCGCACGGUCGCUCAGGCGUUCCGCUACAGGGUUUGGCGGCUCGUAUACUGCUGCUCUAUCACAGAUCGUCUUCUCAGCCAUAGCCCAAGCCACAGCCGACUCAGCCAUAAUCUUUGCGGAUCAACCCGCCUGCAGUGCUGACCUGUUGCUCUGGGCGCGGCGCGAGGUCACCUUCGCCUUCUCCCUCCUCCGCCGCAACAUCCUCUGCUCCGCCGCCUCCCCGGGCGGCCUACACGCGGCGUCCGAGUGCGUGUGCAUCUCCCUGGGCCACGCGCGCCUGCUGGAGCCCCAGGGGAUUUCCCUCGCGCCCAUGCUGGGGCAGCUGAUGCGCCCCAGUGUCAUGGAGGCCCUGGAGUUUAAUAUCAUGAGGAUAGAGGAUGCGGUGGUGUCGGUGGCGACUUCUGACGAGUGGCACCUGGAGCCGAUCGACUUGGGUGCGCCCUCUCUCUCCAGGCUGCGGGGCUGGCAGGGCGUGCUGGGGCCUGCUGGGCUCAGGCUGAGGCUGACUGCGAGCGCACAGCGCUUUUAUCUCCUGCUUGUGGACCUGAUCGAGGACAUACUCCCUGUAAUCAGCCUCCACUUACUGGAUAAGGUCCUGGACGCCAUAGCCAUGCAGUUCGAGUGCUUCGCCAGCCUCAUGGAGCUCGCCCUACCUGAAAUUCCACCUGACGCCACACUGCCUCCAGCACCUGGCUCUGUUGGUGCACGUGCAUACAGGAGGAGGGAGAGGGAUGCAAAGAAGAGUGGGACGGGGGCGAGAGAGGAGGACGGGGGGAAGGGAGGAGUGGGGGUGAAUGGGGAUGCAGAGAGGGUGGUUGUUUUAGACGGAGAGGAAGGGGAGGAGAAGGGAGGGGAGGAGAGAGGGGAAGAGGGGGAGGAGAGAGGGAAGGAAGGGAGGCGGACAGAACGGCAGGCAGGGGACGGUGGUGCUGCUGCUGCCCUUUCUUCCCUGCAAGAUGUGUCCUCGUUACAUGACGCUUCACUCAAUCACUUCCGUCAGGAGAACAACCAGGAGCACCUUAGAAAGGCGCUUGAUCUGCAUUCAUACCAAGACACCGACACAAGUGACCACAGUAACCCGCUUCUAGACCCCCCCGCAAACAGCUGGCAUGUGUAUCACGUGCAAGAGGCAGAGACAGAGGCACAGCAGCUGGCCGUGCUAGGGAACAUUGCUGCUUUGGCUGACGAGCUCUUACCGAGACUGAUAGUGAGGCUUACUAUAGCGGAUAUGGAGGAUGAGGAGGGAUUGGGGCGUUUUGGGCAUGAUGAGGAGGCGAGUGAGGGGGAGGGGGCGGGUGGUGAAGGGGGAGAGGGAGAGGAGGGGUUGGGGGAGGAUGGGGAGGAGGUGGAGGGGGUGGGAUCGGUGGGGAGGGGAGGGAAGGGUGAGGGAGAGAGUGUGGAGGAUGAGAGGGAUGGGGUAGUGGGGAAGGGGGAGGGACGGCGGAAGGUGGGAAGGGGGAGCAAGGCGCGAUCGACAUGGCUUGAGAGGCAGCAAUACAACCUGGCAAAGCAGAAGGCGUGGAAGAAGCGGAUUCAGAAGGCCGCCCGAAGGAUCCGGGAGAUCUUCUGCGCGUCGCUGUGGGGCGGGUUCGUGUUUAAUGAGAACGGGGAGCAUGUGCUGGGCGCGGGGGAGUACCUGGGUAUGGACGCACGCACCAAGCUGCAGCAGUGGAUGAUGCAUCCCCUGCCCUCGCCGCCCUUCCAGGCGCUUUUCCUCACAGUAAAUGCUGUGGCAACAACUCUAGAGAGAGUUCUAAGGGGCCAGGAAGCCAUGCACCGGAGGCUGCUGAGACGAGUUAUGGAGUGGCUGCUAUCGGGUGUGCUUGUAGAGAGUACAAUCUGGGACGAUAUCCAGGCUGCCGACCCACCUCUUGGCCCAAUUGGGCUUCACCAGCUGGUCUUUGACAUGUAUUUUGUGGUGCAGGCAGCGCACAGUGGGAAGACCUCCUCUCCCCUCAUCAGAGGGUUGGCAGAGGAUGCAGCCAUGCGGGCCAUUGUGGCUUACAGCGCACGCACAGGCGAGGACCCCAAGAGUCUUGUGCAGGAGGACUGGUGGUAUCAGCACAAGUGCCAGACAGUUCUAGAAGAGCUCAAGGAAGCAGCCAGUCAGCCCUCCAGCCCUACACACGCAGCAUCCGUCUCCACCGCCACCACCCCUUCCAUUUUUGUCUCCGACUCGCCGGCUUCCUGGCUUCAAAGCAACAGCAUUGGUGAAGGGGGUGGGCUCAAGCUGGUCAAGCGGUCUGUGGUGUCGUUUUCUGUGACGAGGGUUGGUGCUCCGGCCAUUCUGGAUAUACGCAGCUUCACCACGUUGUAAGGCGUGCACUUGGGGUCCACCCCAGAGUGAAAUUCAGUGUUAGGAAAUAGAUUGUUUGAAGCAAGAAAUAUGGCUUAUAGAUAGUGUUAUCAGAAUUGAGAAGUGAAUGUUGGAUAGAGUGAGAGUACACACAGAUAUACCUUAGUGUUGUACUCCCUAAGAUGGCGACCCUAUACAGUCUAUACAAACAUGAC